AUGUCGUGCCGCUCCGAAAGCGACGAGUACAAGUCAGCCUUGACUGACCGAUUCACUGAUCUGAAGGAUCCAAAGCUAUUCGACUUUCAAACCGCCGAAGUCUUCAGGCACCAACCACUGCAAGACCCCAGUACGGAACUUCGCUAUCUUUACCUGCUUCCAAAGACACAUAAUGUCAACCACGAUGGACAGACCAUCGUCCGCUGUCAGCUUCACUCAGAUGCUGAAGAACAAGCGCCCCGCUACAUCGGCUUAUCUUACACAUGGGGGGACCCUGAGCUUCGUCGUCCAAUCCUUGUCGGCGACAAGAUCUUUCAUGCUACUGUCAAUCUUGCCAUCGCCUUGGAGCAUCUGCAAGAAGAGAUAAAGACAAUAACUUUCUGGAUUGACGCCAUCUGUAUCGACCAAAGUAACCUGGGCGAGAAGAGCAUACAGGUUCAGCGAAUGGGCAAUAUCUUCGCGUCUGCCACUCUUGUCAUUGCUUGGCUUGGACCUGCAGCAGAUGAGAGCGAUUUGGCACUACGAGAACUAAUGCGCUACACCGAUAACUAUACGGAUUCUCAUGGAAAGCUCAAAGACAUAUUCGGCGAAGGGUGUACAGCUCUACCCAUUGAAUCAAUCAACGCUUUUUUCGAUCGCCCAUGGUUCAAGCGCGUGUGGGUCGGCCAAGAAGUUGCCCUAAACAAACACGUUAUUUUCGUCUGUGGCCAGCUCGAUGUUCAGCGAGAAGAAUUACUUACAUGCGACACGACGUUCACAGUUUCCAGAGCUUUAUUGGAAGGAACAGGAACCAAGACACACACACGUAACGCUAGACUUAACGCCAUAACAUCUCUUCCUUUACGCGACUUCCUACUUCACGUUAAUGCCGCUCUUCACUUGUCUUUCGGUAAAAACCUCGAGUCCUCCGAUCCAAGAGACUUCAUCUACAGUUCAUUGGGGAGACUCAGUAGCCUUGGAGAUGGCGUGAUUGAAGUUGAUUACAGCAAACGAGUCGAGGACGUAUAUACGGAAUUUGCUGUAGCUGUGAUUCGGGUUGGAAUGAUUCACUGGCUGAGCUACAAUUGGCGUCCCUCAGUGAACUACGAGGAUCUUCCAUCGUGGGUUCCCGAUUGGUCUAAUACAGAACCAUGUCGCGAUCCUCAUGACGUGGAGGCGCUUGAGUACAAUAUUGUGGAGGUUUGCGAAAUCGAAAGAGGCUGCAAAGCUCUGAAGAUCUCCGCUCGAUGCAUUACUCAAAUCAGUAGCAUUAUUCGCAGCUCAAAGUCCGAGCAAGAGUCAUUUUCUUUCGAUCUGUCAACUUCCGCGAUCGUUACCCAGCAAGAAGAAGCGAGGGUUAGAUUAUCUUUGGACACGAUCCGACAAGCGCUUGACGACAAAGAGCGAUGGGACCAUGAGGAUGUGGAAGAAGCUGUAUUUGAUCUCUCGAAUGGUAUGUCAAUGUUCAGGGCUCUCAACUACGAUAGAGAGACCUGGGAAGGCGAUUUGUACAAGUCAUACGAAGUUUUCCGGGAUCUUGAGAAUCUGCCCAGCGAUAUGACAGACCUGAGACAAUGGGCAAGAGAUACUAGCCGUGAUUAUCUCAAAGCUCUCCAGGAGCCAAACAUCGAUAAUUUCUUCGUGACCGCUGCAGAUAUUGUCGGUACAAGUCGGGAUGAGAUACAGCCUGGUGACUGGGUAUGCGAACUUGGAGGUGUUAGGGGUGCAUGGAUCCUUCGGGAGGUAGACGGGGGCUUUUAUCGUAUCGUUAGUUUCGCUAAUGUCUUUCCCUGCGGAGAUGUUGAGAACAGCGAUGCGCCGGUCGAGACCAUCACUAUCAUAUAA